AUGGCUUACUCUUAUAGCAGUCGAACGCUUAAUAAUCUUCUUCAACAAAGUGAAGAGGUUAUCAGACAGCUGACCAUAGAAGAAAUAGAUGAAUUUCGAGAGGCAUUCUUACUUUUCGAUAAGGAAAAUUUUAAUUUCCUCAUUCAGGAUGGUAACGGAACAAUGUCGACGAAGGAAUUGGGCAUUGCGAUGCGUUCAUUGGGACAAAAUCCAACUGAGCAGGAGAUCCUCGAAAUAAUAAAUGAAGUUGACAUCGAUGGGAAUGGUCAAGUGGAAUUUCCAGAAUUUUGUGUUAUGAUGAAAAGAAUUAUGAAAGAAACUGAUCAGGAGAUGAUCAGGGAAGCGUUCCGUGUCUUCGAUAAAGAUGGUAAUGGUGUUAUAACUGAACAAGAGUUCAGGUACUUUAUGCCAUCGAAUGCUCCAACUGGAGUUCUGUUCCAGGUUCACAUGGGUAUGCAAUUUGGUGAAGAAGAAGUUGACGAAAUAAUGAGGGAGAUCGAUGUGGAUGGUAUGAAGUCCAUUUGGUUCCAUCACUGA